CAAUCUUUUCUGAACUAUAAUUGUUCAGUCAAUUCAAAUAAGACGUAAUCUUGUUCAAGCUGACCGAAUGCUCUUGACACUUACUUUUUCGAAAGAGGCACAAAUUAUUGUCCGUUUUUGGUCGCGUGUGCAGUUGACUUGUACAUCAUUGCCAUGUCUGAAUAUGUAUGGCAACAGCAAUCCUCUGAGACUGAGUUAAAAGUCGGCACAACUUGCUGCUAGCUUUGGUGGGAACUGACAAGUUUUCAUGGGAAGAAUAGAAAGUGAGAAAUUUAGUUGUGAGACGCGGCUGUGAUCCAUGCUCGUGAUGCUUGCCUGCGGCCACUUUGCUUAGCUGUUGGACGUGGAUGUGAGGCUCGUGAGCGACAUAAAUUGGGCGCCCUCAGUUUGUUAGUUGGCAACUUGGCGUCCAAUUUGACCAAAAAUCACCGCACCCUAAUUACUUAGCACCCGGGCUUCAGAUUCUCCUCUUCUUGCCUACCUCUCCCUCAUGCAACUUGCACCACCAUUGAUCCUGCUGCAGCUUGAGCUCAUACUUCAUACCCCCGGGGCUCUGAGCUGCAGGAGAUAGGCUGACAGAUGGGGUGCUUCAGCUCCAAGCCGGAUGACGCCAGCGUGCUGAUCAGGAGGCGGCCUGCCAGCAUCGGCGAGGUGGCCGUCUUCGUGCCGGGGCUGCGCGUCCCCGAGCCCCUGGAGCUGCCCCCGCCGCUCGCCGACAGCCUCCCGAGGCGGCUCACCGAGCGGCUGGCCGCGUCAAGGGACCGCAUCGCCAACAUGGCCGCCCGUGAGGCGCUCGCCGUCACCAAGCCCCGCAGGCGUGCGGCCACACAGCAUGGGGCAUCGACGUCGGCUGAUCUUGUGCAGGCCUUGGAAGAGUACCUGCCAGUAAUUCUAGGGAUGGCAAAAGAUGGGAGUGAGCUGGAGGACAAGAUACAGUUUGCAUGGAUGAACCAAGAAGAUGAUGCAGAGGAGACGGCACUGCCCAGCGCCUGGUACGAGGUGCUGUCGGUGCUGCACAUGAUGGCCAUGCUCCGUCUAUCCCAGGCAAACUCCCUGCUCCUGCCAAAGACGUCUCUCGAGGGAUACCACACCAAAGUAUCCGAAGAGAACAAACGCGCAUCAGUCGAGGUGUUCCUCAAGGCGGCCGGGCACCUGGAGUGUGCCAUGCACCAAGUUCUUCCCAGGAUGUCGCCUGAAAAGAGGAAAGGUCUUCCCGUGGACCUGUCUGAAGGGGUCCUGAAAGCUACCUGCAUGCAAGCACUCGGUCAGGCAAUUGAUGUUCAACUUGGGUUGGCAAUUGACAGUCCAAAGGCUACCCUGGCUGUCAAAAGGAGGCUGGCAUGUGAGAUGGUCAAGUGCUGGCAGCAGGCACAUGAAAGCAUCGCGGACAUACCUCUGCUCGAUGGCUGGGGCGAAAAGCACAGGCUCUUUGUGAAGUGGAAGCACAUGGAAGCAAAAGCUGCCGCGUACUACUACCACGGGUUGAUCCUCGAUGAAGGCAACACCGAGAAGUCUCACCGAGCGGCCGUAGCGGCGCUGCAGUCCGCGGAGGAGUCCCUGAGGGAGAGCAGAGCAGUCUGCGAGGCCUUCCACACCGCAUCCCCCUUUUCAAGGAGCCCGACCCUAUGGGGAUCGAUGAAGUACCUCCACGACAAGAUCCACAAGGACUCCAACUGCAAGGUUCGCAUCAACAAGGACCUCUACAGCAAUGUUGACAGGACACACGAGACGGUGCCAGCGCUGCCGGAUUUUGCGGUGGCCCUCCAGCCGGAGGAGUACCGGCUUCCUCGCACAGACGCUGCUUCUGCAAAUGACUGACUAGCUGCCAGCUGAAGCAUGUCUGUAUGCAGGUCCUCGACUCACUAGAUUCUAAGUAAUCUGAUGUGUAAUUUCCCAUAGAUGGAUGGAUGAUUAAUUUGUGGCCGAAUCAGAUGAUGAACUGAACCGCACAAUCUGGAAAUGCCAGUCACCGAAAGGAAUAACAUUCUUGAGCUAGUUUCAGCAGCCGAAAUAGAGCAAUUGCCAUGUGUUGUUGUUCAA